AUGUCACUCCCAGGGGAAGAUCAUGAUCCUGUCCCUGACCCUGACCCCGAUGCUGAGCCAGUUGAACCUAUAGGCGACGCAGAGGACGUUGACUCGGCACUUGGAGAUGAAGACGAUCUCCUGUCCACCUCCUCUCUGACAUCAAGCGUCUUUGAUUACAUCCAGGAACACGGCAGAACUUAUAACGCUUACGGCGAGCGAAACCUCCAACAUCAUCUCCUGAAGAUGACCUUUAGCGACAAAUUGUCGACCUGUGGCGUGGAGAAGAAAAGAGAUUUGCAUCAUGUGCUAGAUGUCGGCACUGGCACCGGCAUCUGGUCCGUUGAAUUCGGUGAUCUUCAUCCGGAAGCAAUCGUGCUCGGAGUCGAUGUCAGCCCUGUGCAACCCAAUUACGUUCCCCCCAACGUUAGGUUUGAAGUCAUGGAUGUCGGACAGCAAUGGGUCUUCAGUUACCAGUUCGAUUUCAUCUUCAGCCGAUUCAUGACGGGUGCUAUUGCAGAUUGGCGGCAGUUCAUUCGGCAAUGCUACAACAACCUUGCUCCAGGCGCGAUGCUCGAGGUGCAAGAUAUAUCGUUCCACCUCGCGUGUCGGGACGGAACCCUUCCGCCGGAUUCUGCACUGGCUCGAUGGGCAGCCUAUAUGCUUGAGGCAAGUAAGCAGUUGGGUUGUCCCCUUGAUAGUGUCGAGUCAGUGAGGGGAAUUAUGGUUGAGACGGGGUUCGUCGACGUUGUGGAAACACCCUACAUUUGGCCAAUGAGCCCGUGGAAGAAAGAUGCCAAAUUGAAGAAGAUCGGAAUGUGGACAUAUCACAAUUUCACCACGUCUCUGUCGGGCAUCAGCCUGGCCCUUUUCACACGAGGUUUAGCCUGGACGGCAGAUGAGCUGGAGGCCUUUCUGAUCGACGUCCGAAAAGACAUGAGGAACACAAGAUAUCAUGCGUUCUGGCCCAUAUACAGCAUCAGUGGGACAAAGCCCGAAUAG